AUGGAGCUCCCUGCUGUCAACAUCAAGGCCAUCAUUCUGGUCCACUGGCUGCUCACAGUGUGGGGAUGCAUGGGGCACAUGUUGCCAUCCUCCUAUGCCUGGGGAAACUUCAGUGUCCUUGCCGUGGGGAUCUGGGCCAUUGUGCAGCGAGAUUCCCUCGAUGCCAUCAUGAUGUUCCUGACUGGCCUGCUGCUCACAGUCCUCACAGACAUCAUUCACAUCUCUGUCUUCUACCCUUCUCCCCACAACUUUCUGAGCGACGUGAUGCGUUUCAGUAUCGGAAUGGCCAUCUUCAGCCUCCUGCUCAAACCCCUGUCCUGCUACCUGGUGUACCGCAUGUAUCGGGAGCGUGGAGGAGAGUACACCUUUAACAUUGGUGUCACCAGUGCAGGUCAGGACCGCAGCACCUACGAGCCCAUCGACCAGCCGGACGCUCCUGCACCGUGGUCUGGCUCAGGCAAGGCAGCCCAGGCACCUUACUGA